CGUCCUGUCAGUAUAUCAUCAUUGGCUUGUAAGAGCCCUGGGGACGAGGUUGUAUUGCUAACGUACUUUCAUUUUGAAAUACAUCAAAAAUAUACUCUAGCCUAAAUUGUUUACUUUUUUUGUUUAACCAAAUUUGAGACCUUUUAUGAAAUUCUUACAGUAAAAAAAAAUUAAAACCAAGAUGGUACUAAUUUUUUUAAGUUUUGUAAUUGAAAUUUUAUGCUGUUCAUACUCGUAUAUGUCAAAAAAUUUUGAUAUAUAUGAGUAUUUUAGGUGUGUCGAAACCAGAAUGUCUCAUUCUUUGUUCAUAAUGUUUAUUGAGAACUAACUCAAUUUGAGGCUAGCAUUUCUGGCUGUGUUUUAUCAAUAAGUAAUAUGGCCUCUCCGCAGCUAGCAACGCAGGUGUUAAAAAGGCGAUUGCUCACCGGUUCACAAAGAAUCUAUUUCAAAUGCGAAGUUUUACAUAUGGUUAACAUUUAAAAAUUUAAAGAAAAGAAAAAGGCGAAGAAAGCUUGUGUUUUUAAGUUUAUGCUUGGUUGGGUCAUUAACAAUUUUUUAACGCUGAAAAGGUGUUUAAGCUAAAAGAAUCCUCCUGUCCUCAAAUUAAUAUGGCGAAUAAAGAGACACCGAGAAAUGUAAUGUCAAAAAAUAUUUGUAAAAAAUAUGGGUUAUAUAGAGAUAUGGUCGAACCACAAUUUCGUGAACCAUUUAUUGUGAAAGGUUACCGGCAACCGAACAUGGCAGCACUGGAUUGUCUCAAAAGUCCAUUUGUUUAUUAUUGCAACGAAACAAUAAAUGUAUGGUCGCACUUCCUUGGUUUUCUGAUAUUUCUUAUUAAAUUUUAUAUGAUAUUUACCAAGGAGUUUAAUGUGGAAAAUAUACACGUGUGGCCACUGAUCUCUUACGCUUUAGGUAUAAUGGGAUUCUGCUUAAUGAGCUCGAUUGCCCACACAUUUAACUCGAUAUCUCCAACAGUGAGAAAUAUAUGUUUCUUCUUGGAUUAUGCAGCGAUAGGUAUCUAUUCUGUUGGUGCUGGACAGGCGUUUUAUUUUUACUGCAGACCAUUAGGCCACGACAUUUAUAUUUAUCAAUCGCCUUUCAUAUUUUGUCUGUUUUCAAUAUUCAUCUCAAUCACAUCCACUGUAAUGUGUUGUUUGACUCGACAUAACUGGCAUUCGUUAAAAUACAUCCUGCGAACUUGCUCAAUGAUUCUCCCCUUCCUCGUAAACGCAUCUCCGUAUUUAUACAGAUUACUAUUUUGCGGAACAGAUCUCGAUUGUGAUUAUCGAUCAUUUACUUUAUUCGCAAAGCAUUGUGUGCUAUACGCAUUGGCAGCUGUUGCCAAUGUUACAAGACUGCCUGAAAGAUUUAUUCCUGGUGUUUUCGACACAUUAGGUCAAAGUCAUCACUUGAUGCAUAUAUUCACGGCAGUUGGUGCCGGAAUUCAGUUUGAAGCUAUUAAACUGGAUAUGGUGAACAGAAUGGAUGUUUUGCAAGACAUUCGCAUCCAGGGCGAGGCAUCAAAUACUUUUACUGUAAUGCUUGCUGCUUUGGUUGUUAACUUUGCGAUUGCAAUUUUAUUUGGUGUAACAUCGACACGUGGAAGUUACAAUAAAAUAAAGAAAUCAUCUUAAAACUUCUCUUCAGCAUAAUUUUUCGAAGGGACGAAUAUGCAAUAUGUAAUGACUCAGGGUUGCGGUUAAGUAUUGGUCUUGUAGAAAGAAAAAAUAAAAUGCUGAUUAUUUAGAAGAGUGUGAUGGCGUAUAUAGAUAUACAUAUAUAGAUAUACACGAUAUUAUAUUUAAAAUAAAAUUUUAGUACGAAGCUUUGUUGUGCGAUGUGUUUGGCUAUUAUAUGCAUAGCUUUCCAAACACAGGGCAGAGCAAAAUGAAGUGGAAGUAAAUAGAAUUAAGUAAAUAGAAAUUUACUUUCUUCGUCCUUUACCUAAAACCUUUCAUUUAUGUUUUUCUUAUGUGUAAACGUUAUGUCUUCACUAAUGUUCGUGGAAAGAUUUUAACAGAAUUCGUGGCAGAAUAAUACAUUGUUCCCACGUGGAGAACGCGCCGUUCUCUGAAUUUCCUUUUCGAAAGUUUCAAAAAUUACCAAGCAUUUAGGAGCGAAGCAGAAAUGUCAGUUUAACGUCUAGCAUGCACUUUUCGUUCUGUCGGUCACCCAGUACACAAAAUUUAGUUCAAAACCAUCGUGAAAGUAUAAGCCUCGUUCCCAAAAAUUUUUGUCUCUCAUCCACGCUGCGCUUCUGGCCGUCCUAUAUGCAGAAAAGGACAACAGGUCCUGGGAUCGAGGUUGAUAAGCGGUAUAUCUCCAGCACAGAGAAAAUAGGCAAAAAUAUGAGUUAAAACAAACAAGCGAAGGGGGUUAAAACGAACAAACGAAUUUUUUUAAAACCGCCGCUAAGCUAUAAAUAUAAAUUAGGCCACACAAGCAAAAAAAACCUACAGUAACAACAAUAAAGUUGUAAAAAGAAAUAAAAACUUUGCUUAUUUCUGGAUGUUGAAGCCAUAUUGCCAUCGUAUUUAAAAAUCAACGUAUGAUUUAAGCCUAUAUAUUUAAAGGUAGAAAUAGACGAAAAAGGCAAACUUUUCUGGAAUGAGGUUGCUGUCGGUAGCCGUAACUCAAUAUAUUACAACUACAUCUCUUACGAGACUAUAAUAAACCCAGUUUAGAGGGGGGAGGGGUAUGUCCUUGGGCUCAAUGCUACAGCUACUAACUAUCCAAGGGCAACGUUA